AUGCACUUCUUGGUGCCGACGUCUUCGUCUUCUUCUCCUUCUCCGGCGAACACUUCUUCAUUCUCUCUCUUAUUCCUCGCUCCCUCUCAAAUUCCUGAGAAUCUCUGUAAAUUACCGGUUAAGAUCCAUAUCGGAACCCAUGGAAUCUCCGGUCAAUCAACCAAGCACACGUCACUGUGUGCAGUCGUCGACAGAUCCUCCUCAGGUGUAUCAACGCAAAAGGAAUCUCCGAAUGGCGAAGGAGGGGAACCUAACGCGGAGGGAGUGCUAGUAGUUCGAAGGCCGUUGUUGGAGAAUUCCGAUAAGGAAUCUAGCGAGGAAGUAGAGAAAAGUUAUCCAGUGAGGAUCGAUGCCGGUCUGAGUAAGAUAGCGAAGAAGAUGCCGAUUUUUGAGCCGGAGAGAUCGGAGUCGUCGUCGUCGUCUUCAGCGGCGGCUGUCGCAAGGGCCCAAGAGAAGCCGCUUUCAGUGAACCUGGACUUAUCUCUAUACAGAGCUAAGGUCAUGGCGAGGAAUUUCAAAUACAAAGACGCUGAGAAGAUUCUGGAGAAGUGCAUAGCUUACUGGCCGGAGGACGGGAGACCGUACGUGGCAUUGGGGAAGAUACUGAACAAACAAUCGAAGUUAGCCGAAGCUCGAAUCGUGUACGAGAAAGGGUGUCAAGCUACACAAGGAGAGAAUGCAUACAUUUGGCAGUGUUGGGCUGUCCUGGAAAACAGAUUGGGAAAUGUAAGAAGAGCUAGAGAAUUGUUUGAUGCAGCUACGGUGGCUGACAAGAAGCAUGUAGCAGCCUGGCAUGGAUGGGCAAACCUGGAGAUAAAACAAGGGAAUAUUAGUAAAGCGAGGAAUCUGCUCGCCAAGGGCCUCAAGUUUUGCGGGAGGAACGAGUAUAUCUACCAAACGCUUGCCUUGUUGGAGGCCAAAGCUAAUCGGUAUGAACAAGCAAGGUACCUGUUCAAGCAGGCCACCAUCUCCAAUUCCAAGAGCUGUGCCAGUUGGUUGGCAUGGGCACAGUUGGAGAUACAGCAGGAAAGAUUCCCAGCUGCUAGAAAGCUUUUUGAGAAAGCUGUUCAGGCAAGCCCCAAGAAUAGGUUUGCGUGGCACGUGUGGGGGGUGUUUGAAGCUGGAGUAGGUAAUGUUGAGCGUGGAAGAAAGCUCCUGAAGAUAGGCCAUGCGCUAAAUCCUAGAGACCCUGUUCUCCUUCAGUCCCUUGGAUUACUGGAGUACAAACACUCAUCUGCCAAUCUUGCUCGGGCUUUACUAAGGAGAGCAUCAGAGCUUGAUCCUAGACAUCAACCUGUUUGGAUUGCUUGGGGUUGGAUGGAAUGGAAAGAAGGAAACACAACAACAGCUAGAGAACUUUACCAAAGAGCUCUAUCCAUUGAUGCAACUACCGAAAGUGCUGCUCGCUGUCUACAGGCGUGGGGAGUUCUAGAGCAGAGAGCAGGAAACCUAUCAGCAGCAAGAAGAUUGUUCAGAGCAUCACUGAACAUCAACUCACAAAGCUACGUUACAUGGAUGACAUGGGCAAAACUUGAGGAAGAUCAAGGAGACUCCGAACGCGCUGAGGAAAUCCGCAACCUCUAUUUCCAACAACGCACGGAGGUUGUUGACGAUGCUACGUGGGUGACGGGGUUCUUGGAUAUCAUUGACCCGGCUUUAGACACCGUUAAAAGGCUAUUGAACUUUGGUCAGAGCAAUGACAGCAGCCGGUUAACCGAUACUCUUAGAAACAUGGGUGGAGCCAAAGAGAGCCAAUCCAAUCAGGAACCUGGGAGCGGGAGCUCUGUAGGACGCGAGGAUACUGAAACCGGGAGCGGAUUUAACCUCGAUGCUUUUUUACGCGGGAAGCUAUCGUUGGAUCCGUCUAAGCUUGACGUUAAUCUUGAUUCUCAGAGUAACGGCAAAUCUAGGGUUUUAGAAAUUUGGGCAAUUCAGAGCUCUGAGAUGGGUGAUUCAAACGGAAACUCGCUCAUUGAAAUCGAUGAACAGGAAGAAGCAGAAGACCCUUUUCUGGCGUUCAUCGACUAUUCCAGAGCGGUGAUUUCGCCGGGAGAAGACGAAAUUGAGGAGGAUGGGGGCAAGAGGAAUCCCAGCGAAGCCACGACUGAGGCUAGUGGUCCGGGCUGGAGCUGGAUCGCCUCGCGUAUCUUGAAAACCUGUACCGCUUAUUCGAGCGGUGUCACUGCCGCGAUCCUCUUGUCCGAUCUCUCUCAGGCAUGGCAUGAGCAAAACAAACCAGGAAUGUCAAAGAAGAAGCCGGAACUCAUAGACCAGUUGAAAAAGAGUCACAGAAGAAGAAGGCUCGCUAAUACCGUCACAAUAGACUCCAUCUACGAGAAGAAUUUUCUGUCCAUGAACAGCGUUUUGGAAGCUGUUAUUAUCAAUGCCGAUGUUCUUCCUGGUACAAACAUAUUCAUGCUUACACUAGGAGAUUUCUGGAGCUCCAACACUAUCGAUCUCUAUCUACAUCGCAGAUAUUAUGAGCUGGUGGAAACACCAAAUGGGAUUCUUAGGAAAGGCAGAGAGGUUUUGAUCACUGGAUGCUACCUUCGUACUGCUAGAGAAGGAUGUGGCAUCCCUCGGUUACUUCCGACUGAGUAUCUCGUCAUUUUGCUAGAUGAGGAUGAAGAUGAUGAUGCAAUCCUCAUAGCAGCUCAAUUUUGUUCCGAUACUUUCUCAUCUGUUUCUCUUGAUGCUUUCAACAGUGGAACUUCAUACUCUUUGUAUGCUAGGAUUGAAUCUAUAGGUCCUCUGGAAUCUGAACUCAAGUUUAGUACUGCGCAUAGAAGGCAAAUUGCACUUGUAGAUGGUGACGGCGUUAGGUUAAAAUUUAUCUUGUGGGGAGAGCAAGUCAUCGUGGCAAACCUUAUGAGUGUGGGAAGUGUGCUUGGGCUUGAGAGGCCUUAUAUAUCUAGUCUCGAAGAGAGCGCAAUGGAAGGAAAGGAUGAAUUCUGCCUUGAAUAUGGUAGCGCAACACAUCUCUAUCUAGUGCCGCCAACCUUACAAGAGGAAAUGGUUUGUGUAUCAUUUUCCCAAAAUCAGUGUCAAGGAUCUAAACUGCUUGGUUCAGUAGGAGUUUCGCAGGUGACAUUGCCUCGUGACGCCGAGGGGUCUAUAGACUUCAGUAAUUAUCCUUUUCGGACGAUUAUAACAGACAUUCGCGACAAAACCACUGGAAUCAGUCUCUAUGGCGUUGUAACAGAUAUCUUACGUGAUCCAAAUGCCACGGGAGUGGUAUUUUCUUUGAAAAUUGAGGACACAACUGGAGCAAUAUGGGCUAAGCUCCAUUUUACUAGUUACUGGUCAUUGGGAAGGUUAGGGCUUGGUCAUGUCGUGUACGUAUCUGGGUUAUCCUGCAAAAGCACAAAAGAGAAUUGCCUUGAGGUGUCAUGGCAUGAGAAGGACGAGAAAGCUACAUUCAUCAACCUUAGCUGCUUGCCUGCAUUUCUAACCUCGUCUUGUCUUCACAGAGUCUCUACUCUCUCUCAGAUAUCAAAACAGAGGAAGCCUGCUAUAAACAUUUGUCGGGUUAAGCUGGACGAGAUUGACCAAUGCCAUAACAUCAACACGAGAUUAUCGCACAGCGUUUGCGGCCAUUUCAUAGACGAAAACUCAUCAUCACAUGGAGGGAAUCUGCAUUGUAGCUUCUGCCGAGUAAGCUUGAACAGUAACGCGGGAUCAGAAGUAGUGAGAACUUUCCACAUAACGAUAACACUUGCAGACGAGGAAACCAAACUAUACGCGUGGUGUACGGGUCAGUCUGCAUCAGCUAUACUUCAGAUUUCCCCUGACGAGUUCUGUGAGCUCCCUGAGGAUGAUCAGCUAAUGUAUCCGUCUUCAUUGGAGAACGAGUGGUUCCUUGUGGCUUUAGCAAACAGCGGUGGCCGGAGUUUGAGUUCCCGCCAUCGGUUAUCUCGUGAGACGGAGGCGACUUGCUGGGAAAUCACCCGCGCUCUCAAGAUUUAAAGUUUAAGCUACCGUUAACAAUUUGUUAUGUCAUAAAAAAGAGAGAAGAGAAUCUGACCGUGUUAAAUUAGUGAAUUAAGGACGUGGCUUGAUGUCUGUUUUCUAAAAAGGGUGGGCCCAGGCUGCACCUUCUCCUGUCCGUUACAUUUUCUAUGUGAAGAUAUUUUAUUUACCACUGUU